AUGCUAUCCUCAUACCGGACACACCUCCUGACACCACCCGCCCCCUCGGAAGACCUUAUCGAGAAGCGCCUUCAGUUCGAAACCCCUAAAUUACAAGCUUGGAGUAAGAUCGUCUUGUACCUUCCCAAAACGCCAAAGACUUGCACCACCUCGCUCCUGCAGACCAACAAACAGCUCUACGCGGAGACGCUCGCAACCCUCACCCGUCUUGCCGCCAACUCCCCAGAUUACGCAUUGGAUCUCGUUAUCCUCGACGAGUGCCUGUUACUGCCGACCUGGACCAACGUGCCCGUGAUCACAACACACAUCGACACCGUGCAUGUUUCAUUCCGCAUGUCCGGCGCCUACGAAAACAGACAGAAGCAUCGGAAGCUUGGAUCUUACCAAGGCUUCAUGGGCGGCGAUGGCGCAGGCCCGGCAAUGGGAUGGCAGCUUUACGCCGUCCUGGAGCGCUUCAUCAAGACGGGGGCGCACGGCGAGACGGGGUGUCCAGAUACGCACAUGCACGUCACAGCGAAGUGUAUACGUAUUGAUGUCCAGACCCCUCUUGGUUUUGGGGUCGAGCGCUUUGGCGAACCGCCGAGCGAUGUAUAUGGCCGGAGAAAGAUGGAGGGGGGUAUCCAUGUGCUGGAACCUGAUUAUCUGGCGGAUUUUGUGGAGGCACAUGUGAUUAAGCUGUUGGCUGGAAUGGAUUACGAGUGGUUCACGUAUGGGCAGAUAUUGUUUGAGCAUGUAGACCUCGUUGUGGUGUGUAAAGAUGGGGUAGAGCACAGGAGGUGCGAUGUUGCGGAGAGGCUGAGAGAUCUGGGUCACAUCCCUGGACGACGCUUCUCGGCGGAGCAGUUGAGGAGGUAUAAGGAGGAUACUUGGCAGGUGAGGAAAGAGCGGGGUUUGAAGGUGUUGAGCGAGUGA